CGUGUAGCGAUGUAGAGCCGUGUGUUGACAUGUAGCGCCACUGUUUCGCAGAAGCAGAGGAUCCGGGACUUAAGUCGAGCGAUGACGUUUGCCAUGCUGCGCCCGGUCGCCGCGCGCUUCUAUCCCGACCUGGGCGUCACGUCCGAGGACGACGAGAACCGCAGCGAGAGCGACGACAGCUCGGAGCGGCUCUAUUGCGGCGGCGGCGGCGUGAAGCGAGCGAGGAUCGGGCGUCAAGUGGAGGGCGAGUCCGCCACGAUGGUGAUGAAGCAGCGCAGCGCGGCCAACGCCAGGGAGCGCGGCCGGACCCAGAGCGUCAACAGCGCCUUCACGGCCCUCAGGACCCUCAUCCCCACCGAGCCGGUGGACAGAAAGCUCUCCAAGAUCGAAACGCUGCGCCUGGCCUCCAGCUACAUUUCCCACUUAGCCAACGUGCUUCUUCUCGGGGACGGCUGCGCGGAUGGACAGCCGUGCCUCGACGUGGUCCACGCGCAGGCUGGAGAUAAGGGCAUCAAGCAGCCCAGGACCAUCUGCACUUUCUGCUUGAGCAACCAGAGAAAAGGGGACAGCAGUGAGUGUCUGAAGAUGCGCAGACUGGGCCCGCUGCGACUGAGACGCUGA